UGCUGUUGGUUACAAUGAGCCGGUGCCGUGGGGGCGCCGCUUUGUUCCUGGUUCAUCCUCCAGCUCUAGGAGCGGGGCGGUAAACUUACUGAACCUGCCCCCUUGUAACUCUCACCGCUCCCAGUGCAAACAGAAAGGUAGAGGCACCGCCGGCUUGCUGUGGUAUCGCGGCAGUCCGGCUGAAGUUUGUAUUGUCGAUCCUGGGGGUUUAAUCUUGGCUGUAAUUUCCCCCGCGAGGACAGAGGCGGAGAGCCCGGCGGGGGGUAGGAGUAAUGUGAGAUUCUCUGCCCCAGGUCACUUGAGGGGUGGCCCAGCCCGGGCUAACGGACGUUGCACUGAGUAUGGAGUGAUCUUCCCCCCCUCACUACCCCGCGCUCUCUGUCUCUCACAGCUCUCCUGACCAUGGAGGUGACCAUCUCCGAACUGAUGGAGCAGUUUCUGGGCAGCCCACUGGUGACCUGGGUUAAAACCUUUGGGCCAGUGGGAGGGAAGAGCAAUGACAAAGUCUCCACUUACAUGGAUUUAGUGGAUGGAGUGUUCCUGCACAAAAUCAUGUUACAAAUAGACCCAAGGCCAACCAAUCAGAGAGUCAACAAACACAUCAACAAUGAUGUCAACUUGCGUGUUCAGAACCUUGCCAUAAUAGUCAGACAUGUAAAGAAUUACUACCAGGAGUGUCUGCAGCAAUUGGUGGUGAUGAGUUUGCCAAAUGUGCUAACGAUUGCAAAAGAUCCCCUCUCAGGACAGAGCAUGGAUGAAAUGAAGAAGGUGCUGCUACUGAUGCUGGGGUGUGCUGUGCAGUGUGAACGGAAGGAGGAAUUCAUCGAAAGAAUCAAACAACUUGACAUUACAACUCAGACAGCCAUCGUUGCUCACAUACAAGAGAUCACUCACAACCAGGAGAAUGUGCUCGACCUUCAGUGGAUGGAACAGACUGAGAUGCCGGCAGAUGACCUGGAGGCUCUGUCCAGAUCAAUGGUCUUCCACCUGAAGAAACUCCUUGAAGACAGGGAUGAGUACUCGGAGGUAAUUGUGGAGCUCACCCAGGAGCGAGACUACCUCCAGACUCAGCAGCAGCUUCCGAGUCCUGUAAAGUCCUCGAGUCCUGAAUAUUCAGCUCGGACCAAUGGCAACCUGAGCAAAGAGGAGAAGCAACACCUAGCAGUGGACCUGGCAGACGCCAAGGCGAAGCUCCGUAGAAUCAGACAGGAACUGGAAGAAAAGGCCGAGCAGCUCGCUGACUCCAAGCACGAAGUGGAGCGUCUUGACGUGGAGUUACAGAGGUUGCGGCAAGAGAACAUGCAGCUGACCACAGAGGCACGUUCAGUCAGAGCGUAUCGGGAUGAACUGGACUCACUGAGAGAGAAAGCAAGCAGGGUCGACAGGCUGGAGAAUGAUCUAAUGCGAUGCAGGGAGAGGUUACAUGAUGUGGAUUUCUAUAAGGCCAGAAUGGAAGAGCUUCGUGAAGACAAUAUAGUUUUAAUUGAAACGAAGACCAUGUUGGAAGAACAGCUGAUCAUUGCACGGGCACGAUGUGACAAGCUGCAUGACCUUGAGAAGGAGAAUCUUCAGCUCAAAUCCAAACUACAGGACCAUGAAAUGGAUCGUGAGGCUGAUCGGAAACGCAUUGAGGAGCUUCUUGAGGAGAACAUGGUUCUGGAAAUAGAGAAGAAGCAGAGUAUGAAUGAGUCCGCACACCUGGGCUGGGAGCUGGAACAGAUGUCAAAGAGCACUGACCUUAUGGACGCAAGCCGUAAGUCAUUUGUGCUUGAGAUGAAUGAAUCUGCAUCGAGCCGGAUCCUGAAGUUGGAGAAGGAGAAUCAAAGUCUGCAGCAUGAAGUUCAGGAACUGCAGCAAACUGUACGGGCUGUGGAGGAGAGCAAUGCCAGAAUCACGGAGCUGGAGAAAGAGAGCGAGCUUCUGACCAUCCAGGUGCAGAAGCUUCAAUCUGAACUUGAUCAGGAGAAGCAGAGUAACCAAGACAUGGGCAGUCUGAGUGAGGAGCUCCUGCAAGACAAGACCCAGCUCAAGGAAAGCUUGGAGAUGGUCCGAGCUGAGAAAGAGAGACAGAUGUUUCCACAUCUGCUUUGCCAGGUUAAAGAACUGCAGGAAGAGAAUGAACACUUAAAGCAGACAGUCUGCUCGCUCAGGGAACGUUCUCAGAUCAGUGCCGAUGCGAGAGUGAAGGAGGUCGAGAAAGAGAACAAAAUACUUCAUGAGACGAUCACGGAAACAAGCAGCAAGCUGGCCCAAUUGGAGACUGAAAAGAAGCAAUCCCAUAAGGAGCUCCUACACUACAAGGAGAAGGAGCAAAAGGUAGAGGAGCUGGAGAAGGAUGUUCACACACUUGGAAAGGAAAAUGAGCAACUUCAGAAGCAGGUGGUCUCUUUGAAGUUUACAUGUGAGAACGUGGAACAGGAGAUUUCCAACCUUGAGCUGGAGAACAGCAAACUCAAGAAGUCUCUCAAUAGUUUGCAGAACUUGUCGAUUAAGUUGGAGAUGGUGGAAAAAGACAAUAAACAAUUGGAUGAGGAGAACUUAGAACUAAGGAGGAUGGUGGAGACAUUGAAGUUCACCAGAACAAAACUGAUCAAAGUGGAAAUGGAGAACCGAGAACUGGAAAAGGAGAAGGAUGAGCUGAGGAAAAGUGUCGAACUGUUAAGGGCCUCAACUCGCAAGUCGGAGCGAUUGGAAAUGAGCUACCAAAGUCUGGACUCGGAGAACCAGAGACUUCAGCAGGCACUAGACAACAGCAAUGUGAAAAUCCAGCAACUGGAGAAGGAGCUGCAGGACACUGAGAAUGAGAAUCAUGUACUGCAGAAAAACUUGGAGGAGCUGAAUAUGUGCAGCAAAAGGCUGGAGAAACUGGAAAACGACAACAUGUUGUUGGAGCACGAGGCUGCACAGCUUGAAAAGGACAAGAAGACUUUGGACAAAGAGAACAAACGGCUGUGGCAACAAGUGGAGCUGAAAGACGCAAUCCUCGAUGAGAAUAGUCAGAAAUUAUCGAGUAUGGAGAAAGAAAAGAGAACGCUAGAAAAGGAAGUGGGCAGAUACAAGGAGACAACAACAAAGGUGAAGGAACUGGAAGUGGACAAUAAGGAACUGUUCAAGCAAGCUACAAUUAAUAAGAGGACCCUUGCAACACUGAGGGAGGAACUGGUCCACGAGAAACUCAAGAGCCAACAGAUCUCAAAUGAAUUGGAAAAGCUUAACCAUGAAUUGGAGAAAAUUGGUCUAACCAAAGAGCGACUUCUACAGGAGGAACACAACAGCGAUGAUAACAAGUACAGAAUCUUGGAGACCAAGAUCGAAUCAACGCUGAAGAAAACACUAGAGAUUAAAGAGGAGAAGAUUCAGGCGCUGGAAUCUCGACUGAUGGAGUCUAGCAACCUGAACCAGCAACUACGCACAGAACUGAGCACGGUGAAAUGGAAUUUCGAAGCACUACUGCAACGUCAAGAUGAGGAAGGACUAGCCACUACCUCCGUUCCGAACUCUCCUCAGAGCUCCCAACCAGAAUGCACGGAGAAGGAAAAAUGGGAGAAGGAGAACAGGGAAACCACCUUGGAGCUGCUGAAAGUAAAGGACAACAUCAUCGAGGUGGAGAGGAACAACGCUGCAUUGCAGGCAGAGAAGGAGCUGCUAAAAGACCAGCUCAGGCAGCUCGAAGCACAGAACAAUGCAGUCAACUCGCAGAUCGUCACUCUACAGCGACAGACAGCCUCGCUACAGGAGCAUAGCACCACGCUACAGAUACAGAACGCCAAACUACAGGUGGAGAAUUCGACUCUGAGUUCCCAGGGUGCAGCUCUCAUGGGUCAGAAUGCCACCUUGCAGAGCCUGCAGUCCAGCCUGGAGAGCGAGAUUGAGAAGCUCACUCGUCAAAAGGAGGAAAUGAAGGCCACGUACGACUCGCUGCUUCAGGACCACGAGCGCCUGAUGGGGCUGAAUGAGCGUCAAUCCACCGAGUGCGAGACACUGAUCAGCCAGCAGGCUGGCCUGAAGGCAGCAUACAAGAACCUGGAGUCAGAACACACAGACCUGGAGGAAAGGUACAUGGGUCUGCUAAAGCAGAAGAUGGAGCUGGAGGAGUUGGACUGCACACUGAGAGACCAGCGAGAGAGCCUGCAGCGAGAGACGAAGAGGAGUGCAGCUGUUGCAGAAGAGAACAGACAGUUGCACGCUGACCUGAACAGGUUGAGCUCGAUGAAUGCCCAGUUGAAGGAGGAGUAUGAUGGUCUGCAGACCCACACCAAGGAGUUCAAGAGUGCCCUGAACAACACAGAGCUGGAGUUGGCAAGGUGGCAGUCGGAGUACCACAGUUUAAAGGAGCAGCACCAGAACCUGGACAUCUUGCAUACCAAACUGGACAACCACUGUGAGCUUCUGACCCAGUUGAAGGGAAACCUGGAGGAGGAGAACCAUUAUUUGCUGAGUCAAGUUCAGAUGCUGAAUCAGCAGAACCAAAACCUCCUCGAGCAGUCCAUGGAGAGCAAGGAACACUACCAUGAGGAGCAGAAGCAGUAUAUAGACAAGUUAAAUUCCCUUCGAAGGCAAAAGGAGAAACUGGAAGAGAAAAUAAUGGACCAGUACAAGUUCUAUGAGCCAACCCCUAAAAGGAAGAGUAACUGGGUGGCUGCAAAGGCCCUUGUGAAAUUCAUGAAACCCAAGAAGGAGAGUGGCAAGGAGCGGCUGAAGAUUGCUCCCGAGAGCCAGGUUCAGCAGCAGCCAGACGUGGCACCGGUGCCAACUGCUUCUCGGGUGCAGAGAGCGAGUCUAGACAACUCCUCGCUAGGAUCCAACUCUCUGGAGGAAAAUGGCCUGAGCCCGACCAGUAAAGUUGCCGGUGACGGCCAAAAGCAGAGAGAGUUGUCAGGGAGUUCAGGCCACUCCGAGAGCCCGAGCCCAGAGGGAACCGGUACAAUGUCCCAUCGCCGCCGCAGUAACCUGGGAUCCAUGGCGUAUUCCACAUCUACCGUCCACCUGCCCACCUCAAACCUCAACGCUACCAACAGCUACAGGAGACCAGUCCGAACCAAAGGUUUUAACUCUGAUGAUGAUCUCCGGACACGGUCCCUUGAAGUGGAGUUGACCCAUAAUGGGAAUGCAAGUCUAGGCUUUACUGAUCACAUGGAUGGCAGACUGGAAAGUCUUAGGACUGACGAGCUUGUGCCUAGUCAAGACAUCGGAGCAGGCCCCAGAGAAAACCAGCCCCUUCGACCCAGCUCAUCGCUGCUUGCAGGCAGUAAGUCGGACCCCAUGUUAUCACGGAGGAACCCAGUGUCCUACAGCACACUGCAGAGGGGCACUGCAGAUAGCUGUCCCUCAGGUCGGACCAGGGCUUCCUCACCUGGCAGUGAGAUGGUGACGCUGGAGCAGUUUCUACAGGAGACCGGGCAGCUGGGGUCAAACAAUGUCAGCAUACGAGAUGAAUUGCUGAGUGAUUACUUUAAGAAGAGAAGUGAGCCGGCAAUGAUUAGCGCACAUCCCGGCAGGAAGGAAAUAGCUAAAGUGCCAACCAGCCACGUUUUGCCUGUUCCAAAGAAAAUGUCUGACCCUCGUGUGCCUGUGGCUCAACUGCAGCCCAGCCCCUCCUCCCAGCCAGUGGCUCCCAUCCACAGCAACGCUCCCAAGCUGAGAGAGAAGGUGCCGCAAGCCCGGAACCCGUCCCUGGGAAAUGCCAGGAGCUGCUCACUGACCCGGGCACACAGCCUGGCAUCGGCCGAUGGACUGAGGUCCAGCUGCCCAGACCAGCGGGAGGCUCAGCAUCAUCUGAUGGCGGAGGCCCCUCCACUGAGUGGGACCAGCAGCUGGAGAUCCACCGGCGACUGCAGGAGUGGGGGGACGCCACAUGAGAGACCGCAGUCAGCCAGGCCACUGGGCUCUCACCCGGCAGUCAGCAUCAGCUGCCGGACCCUAGACCCCAGGCGCCUCUCCCUGGCCCCCCCGAAGGACGAGAAAUGCCUUGCCCUCCCUCAGCACUCUGCCAGCUCCCUCAGAAAUGGCGGAGGGCCAUGUGUUUCACCUGGGACCCCACCUGCCACCACGGCGCGUGCCGGGGACAUGGCCCUUGUCCCUCCCGUACGGGCCAGCUCUCAUCAAAGCAAUGAUCUGAAAGGGCGGGGCCAGAGACUGUGUGGGGAUUUGGAGGCUGCCCCUGGACAGAGCAGAGCUCCUGACUACAUUGACCCUGCAACCAGAGCAGACGAUGUGAGCAAAAGGGGUGGAGGGGGGGCUAAGACUUCUUCAGGCUCUCCUGAUGCCGGUGAUGACCAGCAGACCGUGUGGUAUGAGUAUGGCUGUGUGUGAAAACCUCUCUCCACCAGAUGAUGUGCCACUUUUAUAUCAGCUUCGAAGCAGAAGAGUCCUUUGCUGUUCCCGAUACUUCAAGGAUGAAGCAAACAGGUUUAUCGCAACACUGCAUGAACACAAAGGCAAUCUACACUCAGGUUCGAAUCGCAAUGAUUUUGAAAAUAAAAUCCACGUUUUUACAUUCUGUUGAAAUGGACCCAUUCUUGGGGAACCGAAGGCAAAACGUAGCCCCCAUUGAUUCUCCUUGAUUGUGCAUUUCCUUCUGCUCCUUGCUAUUUAGCUGAGCCAUUGACUGGUUCUGUCUCCCUUGAGUUAGCUUCUACUGCUUCAGUGGGCAAGGAAGGCAUUGUUGUACAAAGUGGUGACGUGUAAUAUUUGAAGAGUUUAGUUUCCAGAGAAGCACCUUUUAACAAGCUCCGAGUGUCUUCCUACAGAAAUCACAGAAUCUCCCAUCUCAGCACGAGGCUAUUCAGCCCCUUCUCAUUGUGCCAACCUUUGGAAAAGCUCCUCUCCCUAAACCGCUGCACACUUUUUGCUUCCCCCUUGAAAGUUACAAUCAGAGUUUAUUUUCAGACCAGCUAUUCCGCCACAUCAGGUUCUGAUGCUGGUUCUUUAGCCAAUUCCUCGGAAUCUGUGUCCUUUAGUUACUGAGUUCCUGCCCACAGAGACAAAUUUCUCCUCAUUUCCGUGAUCAGAAAUCUCUCUACGCCUUUCAAAAAUAUGUUUACACUGCAUCAGAGUCUGAGCCCUGGACUCGAAUGUGGGUACACACCUAGAGAGAGGUAUGGGAGCACUGUCUGAGCUGGCACAGUGGCCAGGGCAUAGCCAGUGGGAAGGACACCCCACAGGUUGGGACAAGGUAACUAUUCUGUCCACUACAUGCUGCCCGUCAGCAACUGCCAACUAACCACCUUCAAAGGUUGGGAAGCAGAAAAUGCCUCUGGCAGUAAAUCUUAAUGGAUCAGGGAGAGGAGACCUCACUUUGCAAAUGCUGCACAUAUUGCCACUUAGCUGCCCUGUACAUACUAGUGCUGGUGCUUCUGUCUCUGCAUUCUGUAAAUAAAUGUAAAUGGCACCAAUAUCAGAUUCUUUAUGCAUUGUUGGUCCUGAAAUCCUGCACAAUUUUGCUUUUACAAAAUGAUGGUGUUUAAGCUGUACAGUUCAGAAGGACUGUUUUCUCUGUGCACAAGAACUGCAGCUAGUGGUUUAAGCUCUGGCCUGUACCACCAGUGUUCUCUCUCUCAUUGGUCACAGCCCUGAUCAAAUCUCAUAUUGUUCUGGUUUUUCAUUUUCUUAAGGUUUGUAUUUUUUUGCUCUGGGAAAGGAAACUGUGUUGUUUUGUUUCCAAGUGUUUGUCCGAUUGAUUUUCAAUUGUAAAUUUAAGUACGGACCAAAUUUGGGAUUAAAUAGGAACACUGGAAAAGCAACAGAGAGACUUGUCACGUUGGCUUCUGUCUCUUUCUUGUUCAAACAACUGAUUUAUUCUGGAAGAAUUCGUUUACUGAGAGAGGGUGAUGAAUGAAUAAAAUAAAUGGUUGAAUAUCUUUGCUCAUUAUAAGAAUCUAAUGAAGCUCUCCAAGGAAUAGAAACUGGCUGUUGUGUUGUACAUUUCCUUUUGUAGAUAUGGUUUUGAGGAUGGAUCUUGAUGUAAUUAGUUUUGUCAAUAUUUGCUGGCCUUGGAGAUACAGAUUGAUGGAGUGUAAUGUUGAAAAUGUACCUUUUCAAACUAACGUUUAAUUCUUUGUAAUAAAUAUUAUGAAAUCA